UAUCUCUGAGAGAGAGCAGCAGGGGCGGAGUCCUCCUCGAGCCCGGCAAUAUCUUUACUACUGUGGUGUAGCUUGAACAGUAGGCGCGAGGCCAGCAUUAUUUGGAUGCUGUCCAACUAACGCGAAACGAGCAAACAGACAAGUUGAUGGUCAUCCAGUGGUGAUAGAAUUAUACGACAUUAAAACUCGGUUUAAUACUCAAUUAUUAAUUUAUAAAUUAACAAUCAAGUUUUAAAAGUUGAUUUUAAUUGACAAAGCCGGAAAAAUUAAUUAUUAAACAAUAAAGAUGAUUGAAAGUUAUUAUUGGUGAGUUUUCUCGAGUGAAGUAACAGUAGAGUAACUAAAGGGGGUUUUAAAACCUCGAAACAUGCUGGAUGCUGUAACAGGGUAGAACGUACCAACCGAGAGCUUAUCCGGACGUUGGUGUAGCAUCGAUCGAAUAUGUGCUUUUGUGCUUGACUCUCUCAUUCUUUCUUUCUUUAUUUAUUUCUUUCCUUCUUUCUCCGCUCUCCCGUGUAAUGUAUACACGGUUUGAUAACAGAGACCAAAUAUAAAAAAAAACAACCAAAGGGUCUGUCAGGAGCUUCCACGUUGUGUGGGUGGUGAUGUCCUUUUAUUUGAAUAAAUCUCCCGAUCAGCAUCCACAAGGUAAACAACUUAUGGAGCGUCAAUUCAACGAGAGUCGAUUCAUCCUGGUGGUAUGAUAAUUGAGGGUUUGAGUAUGACUGCAAUAUAUCAGAAUAAACAAUACGAUGAAUAUAUAACAAUAAUGCGAUAUAUACUAAUAGAAAUUCCCAUACUUUAAAUCCCCGAGCGUCUGAACUUGAAUUAAACGCCUACAUGAAACUAAAGUUAAACAUUAUUAUUCUGCUGAUUAUAAAUCCCAGGAGAUCCACUGACAGGAAAAAAAUAAUACACCAAUAAUAAUUAUUAUAAUAAUAAAAUAUUAUAAAGCUACUAAAUAUUGAUACCGAAGUGAUGAUCAGCAAGGAAUCUUCGAUUAUUAAAAUUUCCAUCACAGCGCGCUCCCCCCGGUAUCUUCGGAGACGGGAGAUAUUGAAGAGGGACGGCUGUUUUCUCCUUAAAUUGCUUUUAACGCUUUACUGCAUCGUCGGGGGUGAUUGCGAGCCGCGACGAGGGAUUAAGGAGCUGCAAGCCGCGUUGGCCGAAGAACGGGUUCCUCCCCCAUUUCUUAGGCACUGUGACUUCGAAGCGCCCUGCAGCUCCUGGAACUACACCGACAACUUCAAAAUAGUCUCGAGAAAUGACGCGAGCGAGUACACCACGGGUCAUUAUUUGCGGUUGGAUGGCCCGAACAUCGGACAGAUCUGGUCGAUCCUCAUUUCUCACACGGGUGCUCAGUGUUUUCUCAAAUUCGCUACACGUCAAACAGAAAUGGGAGACGGAAUAAUACGGCUCAUUAUUAUGUCUAACAAUAUUACGACCUCUGUUGCCUCCGAGCGAACGGGAAACAAUGACGCCAAGUGGAAUAUUACUGAACUAAAACUUGGAGCUAUUAGCCAACCUUAUAAAGUUGGUCUUGAAAUAGUUGUACCAAAGAAUGCCACCUUCUCCAUUGACAAUAUUCGACUGGAUGACUGUUUUCCAGAAUCUCAGCCGCCUGUUAGCGAUAAAUGCACGCUGGAUAUGUUUCACUGCAGAAACGGCUCUUGUAUCAAUAGAACGCGAAUUUGCGACUUGACGCCUGAUUGUGCUAUGGGAGAAGAUGAAAUUCUUGAAUGUGACAAAAUGCCAGACACAGCGAGGUGUAAUUUCGAAAAAGGGUGGUGUGGGUGGAAAAACGCACCCAAUAAAACUCUACAGUGGACGCUGCAUCAAGGAAGUACGCCUACAGAGAGGACUGGUCCAAGUUACGAUCACACAUAUCGCAACGAAACAGGGACUUAUGCGUUCGUAAAUUCAUCGAGGAAUCACGGAUUGGGCGAAAGCGCGACUCUGAACAGCCCAAUAUUUAAUCCAACUCCGCCUUACCACGCUGACCCGAAAAGCCGGUUCUAUCAGUCAUGUCAAGUGCGUUUUUUCUUCCAUCAGUACGGUGAAUUCAGCGGAUCCUUGGGGCUAUAUUUGAUACAACUAAAGCCUCAUCAAAACCACUCACAGAGAUUGUGGUGGAGCUACGGAGAUCGUAACGAUAUCUGGUAUAAUCAGGUUGUUACGUUACCUGACAUUCGAUACCGAUAUUUUUUGCAAUUUGAAUCCAGCAAAAGUUAUGCUGCUAAAGCCGACGUCGCUAUUGAUGAUUUUUCAUUGAGUCCCCAGUGCUUUGGAAUUGGAGUUCCGGCAGACGUGAUGGGAGAUUUUAAUUAUUACAGUCCAGUUAUUGAAUCAGAGCAUCCAAUUGAGCAACACUUUGAUUUCGUGAAUGAAACAGUGGUGAGAAUAACAACAUGUGGCGCAACGGGACGCUUCGGACCAACGGUCAAGCAAUGUGCUCGUGAAUACAACAAAACAGAGUCAGAAGUUGAACUUCCUGAGAUCUUACGAACCAAUUCUUCUCAGAACUACUAUCGAGGGGUGCAGAAGUGGGUGGUGCCCAGCGGAGGAUACUACACCUUGAUGGCGGUGGGAGCUCGCGGAGGAAGAGGCUCAGGGGGAAUGGGCAGCACCCUCGGAGCUUUCGUUCGCGGUGUUCUUGAACUAGAAAAAGGCCAGACUCUGUACUUUUUGGUGGGACAACCAGGAAUUGAUGCGUGUACCAAGAGCCUGGGCAUGAUGAAUAAUCCCUGCGGUGUUGUUUCUACCGCCGGGGGUAAUGAAUCUCCCCUAGUUGGGGUCCAAUCUGCGAUCCGCGAGGUAAAGAACAUCGAAUUGACCAACGGCGGGGGAGGAGGCGGAGGAGCUACAUAUGUAUUUACCGUAAAAUCAACGGGAGAGCGUGAACCGCUGCUGGUCGCUGCGGGGGGUGGAGGACUCGGGUUUGGGCAAUUUGUCGACGAUGGAAUUCAGCAUGGUCAUGGACCCUACGUGGACAUGAAAAAUCACGUCCUCGAGUUGACACCGGGAGAUAAAUCUGGGGGAGGAGGAGGAGGGUGGAACGGGUCAUCCACGCACGACUUGAGACGUAUUUCAGUGGGCCAAUCUGUGAUGAAGGGUGGCGUGGGCGGUGUCGGGUGUCAUCAGAAAAAUAAAACUCACGGGGACGGAGGCUUCGGCGGAGGAGGUGGAGGCUGUCGAACUGGAGGCGGAGGUGGCGGAUUCACUGGCGGAACUACCGGGGUAAAAAGCUCGACCAAUGGCGAGGGUGGAUUCUCAUACAUAUCGUCCGAGCUAAUCCACACGGCCUACAGAUCCGGCUACAAUCCUGGCUCAGGAGAAGUUUUAAUAGUUCCGGCUAUAAGCGGAUGUGGAUGCGAUUUUCGGUGUGUCGCGGUUGAUCGGCAUCUCAGCGAGACGAGAUGUCUGUGUCCGCCUGGCUGGCAGCUUGGAAAUGAUUCUCGCUCGUGCUUGGCCGACGAGCUGGAUUUUACCAAUCAGACGAUGAAGAUAGUAUUGAUUGUCGUUUGCUUCGUACUUGCGGUAUCUUUCUCAGCGCUUUGCUUUAUAUUGUACAAUAGAUAUCAGAAUAAAAAGGCCGUAUCGAGGCGCAGAUUGGCGAUGUUCGGUAACGGAACAGAAUUAAAUCCAUUUCCGGGAGUUUCCGACACGAUAAUGACUGAAUUUAAUCCGAAUUACGAGUUUGCUGGUAACUUUUACAGUAUCAAAGACUUACCGCAGAUACCACGUGAAUCAAUUACUUGCGUGAAACCGCUCGGACAAGGAGCUUUCGGUGAGGUCUUUCAAGGUGUUUACAAGUACACCCGCAAUGAAGAAGCUCAGAUUGCUGUUAAAACUUUGCCAGCGGUAACAACGUCCCAAGCAGCAGCUGAUUUUAUGAUGGAAGCGCUUAUUAUGAGCAAAUUCGAUCAUCCGAAUAUUGUUAAGUUCAUUGGAAUAUCAUUUGACAAAAAUCCACGUUAUAUUGUUUUGGAAUUGCUUGCCGGAGGGGAUUUGAAAAAUUUUCUGCGCGAAGAGCGACCUAAACCCGAUCGACCAACGACUUUGACAAUGAGGGACUUAAUUAUUUGCGCUCAUGAUGUUGCCAGUGGUUGCAAAUACAUGGAGGAUGCCCGCUUUAUUCAUCGCGACAUUGCAGCCCGUAAUUGCCUGCUAACUUGCAAAGGACCGGGACGUGUUGUUAAGAUUGCUGACUUUGGAAUGGCCCGUGACAUAUACCGCAGUGACUAUUACAGAAAAGGCGGGAAGGCUAUGUUGCCCAUUAAAUGGAUGCCACCAGAGAGUUUCUUGGAUGGGAUUUUCACUACAAAGACUGAUGUGUGGGCUUUCGGCGUACUCCUUUGGGAGAUUAUGUCAUUCGGGUACAUGCCGUACACUGGAUGCUCAAACCGAGAAGUAAUGUUGAUGGUGCAGUCAGGAGGACGUCUUGAGAAACCAGCCGAGUGUCCUGAUCCUAUUUACGGUAUAAUGGCUAAGUGCUGGCAUCCCAAGCCUGAUGAUCGACCCAGCUUUGAGCUCAUUGUCGAGAGAUUAGGUUACUGUCUCCAGGAUCCAGAUGUUAUUAAUCAUCCGAUGCCAAAUUAUGAUAUUCUUCCGGAUUGUGACAGAGAAAUCACUAUCAUGAGACCUGAUCCAGAAACUGAAUGCAUCAAUGUACAUUCCAAUCUGGACGGAUGUGGAUACAUGCAGCCGCGCACUAAUUUUCGCCCCGGUGCUUACAAGAUGGGAUUUGUUCCGGGGAUUGUCUAUGCUUCUCUGCGUCACAAUGAUGAUUUAGAGGGUGAAAUAAUUCAAGAGACGACCUUGAUACAGCCGAAAGAACGGGAGGCUAAUGCCGAGAAUGUCAGGAUACGCAAAAUGUUUGAGGACAAGCCACCAAUUAUUUAUGAACAGGAGAUAAUUAAACACCCGUUAAAUGAAGAUAAAGAUCUUAAUGAAAAACCAAUAUUAAAUAAUAAAGAUUUAAAGGGCGUGAGAGAAGAAUACGACAAACCGAUCGAAAAUGGUGAAAGUACAACAACCACUGAUACGAUUUCCGAUUCACUUGUCAACGCUUCGUCAGUUUCGCCUCCAGAUACUGAAUUAUCGUUACAAAACACACCUAAAUCCUCGCCAAAUCAUUCAAACAUGAGUCCUAAUAAUUCAGUGAAUAAUGUCAAUGGUAUUGUUAAGAAAAAUUCAUUGAAAGCGACAUUGAGUUUGGAUCCGGCUACACUUUAUCGUGGUGCUAUUCCGUAUGAGAAAAUAAAAUUUUCUUCAGCUCCACCGCAUAUAACUACUUCUGAUAGUUUAGAAAUAAAAAAGGAGUCGUUAGGACAUGAGCUACCGAGAGAAGAAGAAUGCUCCUGCUGAGAAAUGUAUACCGGGGACUGACGAGAACAUUCUCCCCAGAUCACCAGAACAAAAUUACGAAAAUCAGUAUCAAUGCCAUUAAUGAUUAUCAAUUGUUACGACGAGUACACCAGCGUAACAAGACAUUCAUCUGAAGAAACGCUCAUUUAAUCAAUUUAGAGAUAAAAAAAAACAUGACAAAAAACAAACAAACAAUUAUUUUAUAGAAUUGAAGUCACAUUUUUUACCUGAAACUUUCUUUAUGAUGCCGUGCAUAGUAUAUAAAUAUGAAUAUGAAUAUAUUUAUCAAACAAAUAUUAAUGAUAAAUGAUAAAUAAAUGAGUGUCCAAUUUUAUAUUGUAUGUUAACCAAGUAGAUCGAAAUCAUCGAGUUUUAAUACGUCAAAUAAGUAAAAUUGAUGGUAUAAUAAUAAUAAUAAUUAAUAUAGUGCCAGUAAUAAGUGACUUCAUUAAUUAUGUGGCUUUAUUAAUGAAUAAUACUUGUCGAAUUUAAUAAUCGGCUAAUUUUAAAAGACACUAGAUUAAUUCAUCAAAUUAGCCAUUGAUUAAUUGAUUUAUUUAUUUAUUUGUGUUAUUAUUAAAAGAAUUAGAUUAUUUGCUGUAAGUAUAGAAAGCUUAGAGAGUGUUGGUGAGGAAUAUUCAAAUUGUAAGCUCACCGGUACAUAAUAUUAUUGAAAAGAGUAAUGUAUAUCUGACAUGUUGAGUAAUCGUGUCUUUUAGAAUUAUUAAUAGACACAUUACAUGAAUAUUUUGUGUCAUAAUCUUAUAACUCGAAACGAUAAAUCGUUUUGGAUGCAUAAACUAAAAUAAUAAUAAUACUAGUAAUAAUGAUAAAUAUUAUUAUUACUACUAUCAUGAUACGAGAAAACAUAAAAUUAAAAUUGUUAUUGUUUAUAUGAUAUAUUAUAUAAUUAAUUUAAACAUUGUUGUGUAAAUCCAAUAUAUAACAAAUUGUUUUGUAACAUUUUAUUUGUGUUAUAAAUUGGGAUAACGGGGUAAAUAUAUACAUAUAUAUAUAUAUGAUAAUAAUGAUGAAAAAAAAAAUAUACAUAUAUAUGUGUAUAUGCAUUUAUGAAUAUUUAUUAUAACAACGGUCGACUUCGACAUCAAGCUUUAAUAAAUAGUUGUGUCUUUCCUCGUUAAUUAUUAUAUUAAGUGAGGAAUCGAUUUAAAACAACUAAGGUGAUGAAUAUUAAUAAGAGUUGAUUGUGUGAAUUAUAAAUAUAUUUAAAAAAUAUAAUAAUAUUUAUAAAAAAUGAAAGAAGAAAUAACUGUUUGGACUUUGUAACGGACAACAGUGUAUAUUCAGUAUUUGCAAUUAAAUAAUUUAAAUAAUUUACUAACUUUCGUGCUCAGUCAAAUGCAUCUUGAGCACCAAAUAAAUAUGUAUAUUUUAAGUACACAGUUAUUUAUUUUUAAAUUAAAAAGCUCAAUACGUAAAAUAAUUAUGAUUUUUUUUUCUCGCUGUCGACUUUUCAUUUAAUUAAUUUAGUUUUAAUGAACAAAUAUUUAUUCAAGACUUCUGUCGCAGACUCUACGAGGAAUUGUAAAUUAAAUGCCAAAGAUUAUUAUUAUUAUUAUCAUUUAUCGUAAAAACUAUUUUAUAUUUUAUCAUAUAAGCUACGCAAUGAGUAUUAAUUAACUAAUUGUUUCGUUUUCAUUUUUAUUUUUAUUGUGAAAGCUCAAUUAUACUAUUUCAUUACUCUUCCGCUUUUUAUAGAAAAAAAUAAAACAACAAUAAAAAUGUAACGAUUUUUUAUGCAAUGUUAAA